AUGGAGAACAGUCACCCCCCCCACCACCACCACCAGCAGCCCCCGCCGCAGCCCGGCCCUUCGGGCGAGAGGAGGAACCACCAUUGGAGAAGUUACAAGUUGAUGAUUGACCCAGCUUUGAAAAAGGGGCAUCAUAAACUGUACCGCUACGAUGGGCAGCAUUUCAGCCUUGCGAUGUCCAGCAAUCGCCCGGUGGAAAUCGUGGAAGAUCCCCGGGUGGUCGGCAUCUGGACUAAAAACAAGGAGCUGGAGCUGUCGGUCCCCAAAUUCAAGAUCGAUGAGUUCUAUGUGGGUCCGGUGCCUCCGAAGCAGGUGACAUUUGCCAAGCUGAAUGAUAACAUCCGUGAAAACUUCCUGAGGGACAUGUGCAAGAAGUAUGGGGAGGUGGAGGAGGUGGAGAUUUUGUACAACCCCAAGACCAAGAAGCACUUGGGCAUUGCCAAAGUGGUCUUUGCCACGGUCAGGGGAGCCAAGGAGGCCGUUCAGCACUUGCAUAGCACUUCGGUCAUGGGUAAUAUCAUCCACGUGGAGCUGGACACCAAAGGGGAAACCCGUAUGCGGUUCUACGAACUGUUGGUCACGGGCCGAUACACACCCCAAACCCUGCCAGUGGGUGAGCUGGAUGCUGUCUCUCCAAUCGUGAAUGAGACCCUGCAGCUGUCAGAUGCCCUGAAGCGCCUCAAAGAUGGUGGCCUGUCUGCAGGCUGUGGCUCCGGCUCAUCCUCUGUCACCCCCAAUAGUGGUGGGACACCUUUCUCCCAGGACACAGCUUAUUCUAGCUGCCGCUUGGACACACCCAACUCCUACGGCCAGGGCACGCCGCUCACGCCACGCCUGGGCACCCCCUUUUCACAGGACUCGAGCUACUCCAGCCGCCAGCCCACGCCCUCCUACCUCUUCAGCCAGGACCCCACAACGACCUUCAAGGCUCGGCGCCAUGAGAGCAAGUUCACAGAUGCCUACAACCGCCGCCACGAGCACCAUUAUGUCCACAACUCGUCUGCGGUCACUGCGGUGGCGGGGGCCGCAGCCGCCUUCCGGGGCUCAGUGGACCACCCAUUCGGGGCAGUUGGCGGCAGUGGGGGCGGCAGCGGGCCCCCAUUCAAGGCCCAACCACAGGAUUCAGCCACGUUUGCCCACACUCCACCGCCCACCCAAGCAACCCCUGCGCCCGGAGUUGCCUUCAAGUCGGCUUUCUCUCCAUAUCAGACUCCCGUGCCCCCUUUCCCCCCGCCCCCCGAGGAGCCCACCACCACAACCCCCUUUGGGGCCCGUGACAGCGGUGAGUUCCGAAGAGCACCUGCGCCUCCACCCCUCCCACCCACCGAGCCCCUGACAAAGGAGAAGCCUGGCACACCACCGGGACCCCCGCCCCCUGAGGCCAACAGCAUAGAGCUAGGUGGUCGGCCAACCUUCGGCUGGAGUCCCGAGCCCUGUGACAGCCCUGGCACGCCUACGCUGGAGUCGUCGCCUGCAGGGCCGGAGAAGCCCCAUGACAGCCUGGACUCACGGAUCGAGAUGCUGCUAAAGGAGCAGCGCACCAAGCUGCCCUUCCUUCGGGAGCAGGACUCAGACACAGAGCUGCAGAUGGAGGGCAGCCCCAUCUCCUCCUCCUCCUCCCAGCUUUCCCCACUGGCCCCAUUUGGCACUAACUCUCAGCCAGGCUUUCGAGGCCCUACACCACCCUCCUCGCGCCCCUCCAGCACUGGCCUGGAGGAUAUCAGCCCCACGCCACUGCCUGACUCAGAUGAGGAUGGUGAGCUUGAUCUGGGCCUAGGGCCUCGGCCCCCACCUGAGCCAGGUCCACCAGACCCUACCGGUCUUCUGGGUCAGACAAGUGAGGCGGCCUUGGACCUGGCUGGAGACAGGACCCCAACCUCAGAGAAGAUGGAUGAGGGGCAGCAGUCCUCAGGAGAGGACAUGGAGAUCUCAGAUGACGAGAUGCCCUCGGCCCCCAUCACCAGCGCUGACUGCCCCAAGCCCAUGGUGGUGACCCCAGGGGCCGGGGCCGUGGCAGCUCCCUCUGUGCUGGCCCCAACCUUGCCACUGCCCCCGCCCCCUGGCUUCCCACCACUGCCCCCGCCCCCACCCCCACCUCCACCCCAGCCCGGCUUCCCCAUGCCCCCACCUCUGCCGCCACCACCGCCCCCGCCACCCCCGGCCCAUCCAGCUGUGACGGUGCCCCCACCACCCCUGCCAGCCCCGCCGCCUGGUGUCCCACCCCCACCCAUUCUGCCGCCACUGCCGCCCUUCCCACCAGGGCUGUUUCCUGUGAUGCAGGUGGACAUGAGCCACGUGCUGGGGGGCCAGUGGGGCAGCAUGCCCAUGUCCUUCCAGAUGCAAACGCAGAUGCUGAGCCGUCUGAUGACGGGCCAGGGCGCUUGCCCCUACCCCCCCUUCAUGGCUGCUGCAGCCGCAGCGGCCUCCGCUGGACUGCAGUUUGUCAACCUGCCGCCCUACCGGGGCCCCUUCUCCCUUGGUAGCACUGGCCCAGGCCGCGGGCAGCCCUGGCCACCCCUGCCCAAGUUUGACCCAUCAGUGCCACCACCAGGCUAUGUGCCCCGCCAGGAGGACCCACACAAGGCCACUGUGGACGGCGUCCUGCUGGUGGUGCUCAAAGAGCUCAAGGCCAUCAUGAAGCGGGACCUGAACCGCAAGAUGGUGGAGGUGGUGGCCUUCAGGGCCUUCGAUGAGUGGUGGGACAAGAAGGAACGGAUGGCCAAGGCCUCACUGACCCCAGUGAAGUCGGGUGAGCACAAAGAUGAGGAUAGGCCGAAGCCCAAGGACCGCAUCGCCUCCUGCCUGCUGGAGUCCUGGGGCAAGGGCGAGGGCCUGAGCUACGAGGGACUGGGCCUGGGCAUCGGGCUGCGUGGGGCCAUCCGCCUGCCCUCCUUCAAGGUCAAGAGGAAGGAACCGCCAGACACGGCCUCAUCUGGUGACCAGAAGCGGUUGCGACCCUCCACCUCUGUGGAUGAGGAGGAUGAAGAGUCUGAGCGCGAGCGGGACCGGGACAUGGCCGAUGCCCCCUGUGAGCUCGCCAAGCGGGACCCCAAGGGCGUGGGUGUGCGGCGGCGGCCAGCCCGGCCCCUGGAGCUGGACAGCGGUGGGGAGGAGGACGAGAAGGAGUCACUGUCGGUGUCAUCAUCCUCGUCGGCAUCCUCGUCCUCGGGCUCCUCGACCACCUCACCCUCGUCCUCAGCCUCCGACAAGGAAGAGCGAGAAAGCACAGAGGAGGAGGGGGAGGGGGAGGAAGAGGGGGAGGAGGGCCCCCGGAGCCAGAUCUCCUCCUCCUCAACCUCAUCCAUGUCAGAGAAGGAUGAUGAUGAUGAAGACAGCGACGACCAGGAUGAGUCUGAGAAUGAUGACGAGGACACGGCCCUGUCAGAGGCGAGUGAGAAGGAAGAAGGGGACUCAGAUGGAGAGGAGACGGUGAGCAUCGCCACCUCUAAGCCUGGAGCUGAGUCCUCCAGUGAGAGUUCUGAGUCAUCUGACUUCGCAUCAAGCUCCGAGUCCUCUUCAUCAUCAUCAUCGGAAGAUGAAGAAGAGCUGGCAGCUGGGGAGGAGGAAGAGGAGGAGGAGGAGGAAGGGGAGGCAGCUGCAGACGAGAGCAUGGCUCCCGCUGCUCCUGACGAGGACUUUGAGAAUGAAGUGGUCACAGGAGCACCCACAACGGAGUCACGGGGCCCAGAAGAGGAGGUGGACAUUGAGGCUGAGGAUGAGGCCCCUAAGGAGCGGACCCCAAUGCUGGAAGAGCCCCCCUUGCCUGUGAGUGUCGGGGAGCUGACUGGCUGCAAGGAGUCCCCCGAGGAAUCAGGCCUGAACCAGGAAGGGGCCAGGUUGCUGUCUCCAGAACCCCCUGCAGGAGAGAUGGAGGCCCGGCCCCUGCCAUCCCCAGAGCCCACCCCAGAGGACAACCUGGAGGCGGAGCCUGAGCCCCCAGCGCUGCUCUCUUUACCGCUGCAGCCACCAUUGCCGCCGCCUCGACCGCCCCGGCCACCCAGCCCACCACCAGAGCCCGAGACCCCAGACCUCCCCCUCCCACCCGUCCCUCUGGAGCCUCCCCCCCAUGAGGACCAGCCCCCACGUACUCCGAGCCUCUGUGGCAGCCUGGGCAAGUCCCAGAGUGCAGAGGCGGUGCCGGCUACGCCGAGCGGGGAGCCUUUGCCGACGGUGGGCAGCGGCAGCCUGGCCCUGAGCUCCCCACAGCUGCCCGGCAGCCCCUUCUCCUACCCAUCCCCAUCCCCCAGCUUGAGCAGCGGGGGCCUCCCAAGGACACCUGGCCGGGACUUUAGCUUCACGCCCACCUUCCCCGAGCCUGGGGGGCCCCUCCUUUUGCCCGUCUGCCCCCUCCCAGCUGGCCGGCGUGACGAUCGGUCUGGCCCCUUGGCCUCCCCGGUGCUCCUGGAAACAGGCCUGCCGCUUCCUCUGCCCUUGCCCUUGCCCCUGCCCCUGGCGUUGCCCGUACCCGUCCUGCGGGCUCAGUCGCGGGCCCCCACCCAGCUGCCACCUCUGCUGCCUGCCCCUCUGGCCCCCUGCCCACCCCCCAUCAAGAGGAAGCCGGGCCGGCCCCGGCGAUCCCCGCCAGCUGUGCUCACCUUGGAUGGGCCUUUGGUCCGACCGCCAGGAGGGGCCACCCUGGGCAGGGACCUACUGCUUCUGCCAGGCCAGCCACAGACCCCUGUCUUCCCCAGCACCCAUGAUCCCCGGACCGUGACCCUGGACUUCCGGAACGCGGGGAUCCCAGCCCCCCCACCACCCUUGCCCCCCCAGCCCCCUCCACCCCCACCUCUACCACCUGUUGAGCCCACCAAACUGCCCUUUAAGGAGCUAGAGAACCAGUGGCCCUCCGAGGCCAUCCCUCCAGGUCCCCGUGGGCGUGACGAGAUCUCCGACGAGUUCAUGAACCUGGCCAAGGUGCGGGGGUCCUGGCGCCGGCCACCAAAGAAGCGCCACGAGGACCUGGUGGUCUCAGCUUCGCCUGAGCUCUCGCCACCGCAGCCUCUCUUCCGGCCCCGCUCAGAGUUUGAGGAGAUGACCAUCCUCUAUGACAUCUGGAAUGGUGGCAUCGACGAGGAGGACAUCCGCUUCCUGUGUGUUACCUACGAGCGGCUGCUGCAGCAGGACAACGGCAUGGACUGGCUCAACGACACGCUCUGGGUCUACCAUCCCUAUAUCCUGCCAGCUAAGAAGAAGAAACGGGACGAUGGCAUCCGGGAGCACGUGACGGGCUGUGCCCGCAGCGAGGGCUUCUAUACCAUUGACAAGAAGGACAAGCUCAGAUACCUCAACAGCAGUCGUGCCAGCACCGAUGAGCCCCCCACAGACACCCAGGGCAUGAGCAUUCCCGCGCAGCCGCACGCCUCCACACGGGCAGGCUCGGAGAGGCGAUCCGAGCAGCGGCGCCUGUUGUCCUCCUUCACUGGCAGUUGUGACAGCGACCUGCUCAAGUUCAACCAGCUCAAGUUCCGGAAGAAAAAGCUCAAAUUUUGCAAGAGUCACAUUCACGACUGGGGCCUGUUCGCCAUGGAGCCCAUCGCGGCCGACGAGAUGGUCAUCGAGUACGUGGGCCAGAACAUCCGCCAGGUGAUCGCGGACAUGCGGGAGAAACGUUAUGAGGACGAGGGUAUCGGUAGCAGCUACAUGUUCCGGGUGGACCACGACACCAUCAUCGACGCCACCAAGUGCGGCAACUUCGCACGUUUCAUCAACCACAGCUGCAAUCCCAACUGCUACGCCAAGGUGAUCACAGUGGAGUCGCAGAAAAAGAUCGUCAUCUAUUCCAAGCAGCACAUCAACGUCAAUGAGGAGAUCACCUAUGACUACAAGUUCCCCAUUGAGGACGUCAAGAUCCCCUGCCUCUGUGGCUCUGAGAACUGCCGGGGGACCCUCAACUAG